AUGGCGAACACCGAUAAUGCAUGGGAACUAGAGGAGGGCAUCCCUCAGUUUGAGGAUCCCUUCAUUCAACAAUACUUGAAGGGACGCGAUGCGUUGAUCGCUGAAGAGCAGAAACGACGUCACGAUGCAAAUCUUCGGAAAUCUCUGUCACCCAUCGCUGCCCGCGCGGCGAAGAUAGUGUCGCAGAUCCGAGCCCAGGAGCAACAUGAGGUGUGGUCAAACGGAUUGGACGAGGCUGCGGCCCACCAGUCAGAUGAGAUCCUCUAUCCUGGUGUGAUGUUCAAUCUGGCCAAAGGCCGCAUGGAAAAGACCAAACUAUGGAAGAUCGUAGAGCAGAUGCCGAAGGGCUCUCUCCUGCACGCCCACAUGGAUGCCAUGUUCGAUAUCGAGUUCCUGAUUGAUCAGGCAUUCUCCACGCCCGGCAUCCACAUGUUCGCCCCGAACCCGUUGAUCACAGCUAAUGACUACGAAAAGGCGCCCGUGUAUUUCCGGUAUUCCACACAGCCUCUGGAGGCAUCAGAGGAUAAGCCGAGUAUCUGGUCAGAGACAUACGAGGCUUCAUCAUUGAUCUCGAUUCAGAAAGCCGCCUCUAGCUUCCCCAAUGGAGGGGAACAGGGCUUCCGGAAAUGGCUGAGAAAUCGAUGUGUGCUUCUGCCGGAACAUUCUUACCACCACCAUCAUGGAGUCGACGCAAUUUGGUCUAUCUUCACCAGGACUUUCCCCAUCGUCGAUUCUAUUAUGAUGUACGAGCCUAUCUUCCGGGCUUGUUUCCACCGUCUGCUGGGACAGCUUGCUGCGGAUGGGAUUCGCUACGUGGAGUUCCGCAUUGCAUUUGUUUUCGAGUUCCGGAAAGAAGGGAGCGAUAAGGCCGACGAUGACUACUUUGGAUGGUGUCGUGUCGUGGAAGAGGUCAUGGCAGAGUUUAAGCAAACCGAAGAAGGGAAAAACUUCUACGAUGCUCGGAUUAUUUGGACUACGCUCCGCAUAUUUUCCAAUGACUUGAUUGUCGAUAGCAUGAAGAAGUGUAUUGAAACGAAGCAAGAGUUCCCUGAUCUGAUUAGUGGGUUUGAUCUUGUUGGCCAAGAGGAUCUGGGGCGACCUCUUGCCGAUCUUGUCCCGGUGCUAUUUUGGUUCCGAAAACAAUGCGCGGAAGAAGGCGUUGAUAUCCCCUUCUUUUUCCAUGCCGGAGAAUGUCUUGGCGAUGGCGACGAGACAGACCACAACCUCUUUGAUGCCAUCCUUCUAGGCACUCGACGAAUCGGCCAUGGAUUCUCUCUUUACAAGCAUCCUCUGCUCAUUGAUUUAGUCAAAGAGAAGAAGAUUCUUAUUGAAUGCUGCCCGAUCUCAAAUGAAGUGCUGCGUCUUGCUAGCUCCAUCAAAUCCCAUCCUUUGCCAGCACUGCUAUCCAGAGGCGUCGCCGUUUCGCUGUGCAACGAUGACCCCGCAAUUCUUGGGCACGGACGGAAUGGAUUGACACACGAUUUCUGGCAGGCUUUGCAGGGACUGGAAAAUGUGGAUUUGGUCGGCCUAUCAAUGAUGGCCCAGAACUCCAUCCGGUGGAGCUGCUAUGAAGACCAGUCAACAGCUGAGUGGAAAGCUGGCAUCCAGAACGGGGUAAUGGGAAAGGGAUUAAAAUCCGAGCGCUUGCGUGAUUUUGGCUCAGACUUCGAGAAAUUCUGCGAGUGGAUUGUCUUGGAGUUUGCUGAAUUCGAUGCUGAUGAGGACUAA